AUGGUGACGGAGAUCAAAGACUGGCUCAAGCUGCUGUACGUCAAGCGAGAGAUGUCGUUCAACGAAAUCAAGCUCACGGUCGGGAUCGAGGACCCGAGAUUGGCGGAAAAUCGAGAGCGAUACGGGAUUGAAGACGAGAGCGGGGUGAGCGCGGACGAAAAGGUGGAGACGCUUGAGAUGAUUGAACGAGGGGAAACGCCGACGGAUGCGCGAGCGGUGUCGACGCUUUUGGAAGAGUUUAGGAAUUGGCCGGGAUUGGACGCGGUGGUGGAUCAAAGCGUGGAUGCCGGUCCUUCGAGGUAUGAAGAAAUCGCGAUGCGAUCGGCGGGCAUCAAGACGUCGAACCCGCGGCGGGUUCGAGCGAAAGAGGCGGAGGAGGAAAAGAAGGAGGGCACGAUUUUUGGCUUCUUGCCGUUGUACCUGGUGAGCGCGGUGCCGAUUUUCAUCACCGUCUUCGCGGUCGGUAUCAUGUUCGUCAACUCGCUACAAUAG